GCGAGGAGGUGCGUCGACUCCGGGGGGAAAGUGGGCACCGCCGGGGCGGGGCUCGUGGGCCAGCGGCUCUCCUGCACAGACCCCGAGCCUCUCUGGCCCAGAAGGACAGGAGUGUCAAGGCGACUUGGUAGCAGCCCCCAAGUCUAUCCGGGCCUUUCUUUUCUCCAUCCCAGGAACUCAGCCAUGACCAGGAAGAUCUUCUCAAAUACCAGGGAACGGUGGAGGCAGCAAAAUGUCAACAGCGCCUUUGCCAAGCUGAGGAAGCUCAUCCCCACUCACCCUCCAGACAAGAAGCUGAGCAAAAAUGAAACUCUUCGCUUGGCAAUGAAGUACAUCAACUUCUUGGUCAAGGUCCUGGGGGAGCAAAGCCUGCAGCAAACGGGAGUGGCUGCUCCUGGAAACAUUCUGGGACUCUUCCCCCAAGGACCCCACCUGUCCGAAAGGACUCUCCUCGGCGACUACCAGGUUCCGUCACCUGGCCCAAGCCACCACAUUCCUUAGCGUGGCUCCAACUCUCGUCACCCAGGGCAGCACUUGUUCAGAAGUCACUGGCUGUUGAUCACCUUUUGCAUGUUGCAGCGUCAACUUGGUGAAUAAUUUGUGAGGCAUGAAUUUAAGCUUCAUUAAGCGAUAACUUGGGGACAGCUGCAGGGAGCCGAAAGGAAGUCACAAGAACUGUGGCUUUGGAGUCCACCAUCCCCUGGGCUUCAGCCGGAGUAGCCUGUCUCUAUUUUAUAUAUCCAGGACCUCCAUACAAUGUUGUUUGAAGAAAAAAAAAAUCAUAGGUUAAAAAAUCACUGUUUCACUCAAUACGUUUUCAGUCAUAAGGAAGGAGUUUUCUAAUAAUGCAUCUCGGAUGAGUAGAAGAUGCUUCCCUCAGAAUAUAUUUUAAAGUUUGUUUUGAAAAGUGAGGCAUAUUUGGUCAAGGGUGAAUAACAUAAUUCUGCAGGUUGACACAUUUAAAGAUAGCCCUUGCAGAAACCAACCUGGAGCCUUACGGGGAAAAUCUGUGGAGAAAAGGCCCUCCUGACAUGUGAGGAUUACACAUGUGGAAGAGCUCU